AUGCUUCGUGAGGCAGACUUGGCUCUGGAAUCAACAGCGGUGUAUUCAGUCACUAAUAAGAACCAAACAGCACCCUCAAAUGAUAUUCACGAUUACCUCUCUCUCUCAAAGUACUUUUGGCCCAAUAAGGAUAAGCCCGAUGGCCUCCCCUACCGGGGCAUCGAUGGACAUAUCAACCCCGAGAUAGAGACUGUGCGCGACUAUCGGCUACUGAGAACAAUGAUCAGGGAGGUUCACAUAAUGGGCAUGGCCUAUCACUUUACGGGACGCAACGAGUAUUUAAAAAAGUGUGCCAUGCGCCUCAAGGAAUGGUUCUUGGACGAAGCCACGUAUAUGAAUCCCAACAUCAACUAUGGGUCACUAAGAAAGGGAGAGAGAUUUGGUGCUCGAACUGGGAUCUUGGACAUGUUUACUAUCUUUCGGGUGUUUGAUGCCCUUCACUAUCUCAAACAAGAUCCAAGCUGGCCUCAAGAUUUAAUUCCAGAUCUUCAGGAAUGGUUUACACGCUAUGUCAAAUGGCUUGAGACCUCGCCCUUGGCCCAGAUUGAGCGCGACAGCAGUAAUAACCACGGAACGUAUUUUGAUGUCCAAAUCAUUGCCAUCUAUUUAUUCUUGGGUAGGGUCGAAGAUGCUCGACAGGUUGCUCAGACGGCUGUCCACAAACGAAUUGAACCACAGAUUACAGCUAAUGGGGAACAACCUGGAGAAAUGGCUCGCAAAACAUCUUGGUAUUACUCUGUUUUUAAUCUCCAAGCACUCAUGACGCUCGCACGAUGGGGUGAUGAUCUAGGUGUGGACAUGUGGUUUUAUGAAGGGCCUCAAGGGCAGUCUAUCAAGAAGGCGAUUGAUUUUCUACUACCGUUUGCGCUUUCAAGUGGAAAAGGAUGGCCUGUGGAGAACUGGAAAGGCUUUGGGAUGUCUGAUUACCUAAAGUGUCUGCAGAUCGCCUGGCAUAUCUAUGGAGAUGAAAAGUAUAUUGACGCGAUAGAGACUCUGGGGCCCAAGGUACAAAAAGACAUGGAUGAAGGCAAGAUUAAGACUGCCAGCAUGUUCUUUUGCGACAUUUCAACACUCCUAGAGGCUACAACUCGAGGGGGUCAAGGAUUUAUUUGGCACUGGUGUCUGACAUGA